UUAAUUUUGCGUGUUUUUUGCUUUCAGAAAUUAGCACCUGGAGUUAGUCAGUUUGCUUACACCUGUGUGCAAGACCAUCCUAUCUGGACUAACCAACAGUUCUGGGAAACAACCUUCUAUAGCAAUGUGCAAAGUCAAGUUCGCUCCCUCUACCUUACAGCCAAAGAUGACAACCAUACAAUACAGUCAAGACAAAAGGAGAAAAAUUCUGUAGGUCCAGACCAGGAUAAGACAGCAAUGGACCUGGCUGCUGAGCAGUUGCGAUUAUGGCCAACUCUUAAUAAACAAACGCAGCAGGAGCUAGUCCAGAAUGAGGAAAGUACAGUUUUCAGUCAGGCAAUUCAUUUUGCUAACCUCAUGGUCUACCUGCUGGUACCACUGGAUACAAGUAAGAACAAGUUAUUGAGAACAUCGGCUGCUGGUGACUGGGAGAGUGGAAGCAACAGUAUUGUCACAAACAGUAUUGCAGGCAGUGUUGCAGAGAGUUAUGACACUGAGAGUGGAUUUGAGGACUCUGAGAACAAUGAUGUUGCAAACGCAGUUGUACGCUUCAUCACCAGAUUUAUUGACAAGGUUUGCACAGAGAGUGGAGUUACACAGGAUCACAUCAAGGGUCUUCACUGCAUGAUACCUGGCAUUGUAGCAAUGCACAUAGAGACCCUGGAGGCUGUCCAUCGGGAGAGUAGGCGGCUUCCACCAAUACAGAAGCCCAAAAUUCUACGACCAACAUUACUGCCAGGAGAAGAAUUUGUUUGUGAAGGUCUCCGUGUGCUGCUGGAUCCUGAUGGCAGAGAGGAAGCUACAGGAGGACUGCUUGGAGGUCCUCACAUCCUCCCUGCUGAAGGAGCAUUGUUCCUUACCACUUACAGAAUUAUAUUUAAAGGCACUCCUCAUGAUCAGCUGGUUGGAGAGCAGACAGUAAUCCGGAGCUUUCCUAUCGCAUCUGUUACAAAGGAGAAGAAGAUCACUAUACAGAACCAGCUGCAGCAGAGUAUGCAGGAAGGGCUCCAGAUCACAUCAGCUACUUUUCAGUUAAUUAAAGUAGCAUUUGAUGAAGAAGUAAGUCCUGAAGUGGUGGAAAUAUUUAAGAAACAGUUAAUGAAGUUCCGUUAUCCUCAAUCUAUCUUCAGCACUUUUGCAUUUGCAGCUGGGCAAACAGCACCACAGAUAAUUUUACCAAAACCAAAAGAAAAGAACACUUCAUUCCGUACCUUCUCAAAAAGCAUUGUGAAGGGAGCAAAACGUGCUGGGAAGAUGACAAUUGGACGCCAGUAUUUAUUAAAGAAGAAGACAAGCACAAUAGUGGAAGAAAGAGGGAAUCGCCCAGGCUGGAAUGAAGAUGAUGAUAUCUCUGUUUCAGAUGACAGUGAGCUGCACACAAGUGGUACCCUAAAAGCUUCAGAAAAAUCAACAAUGGAGCAGUUGGUAGAAAGGGCCUGUUUCAGAGACUAUCAACGUUUGGGACUAGGGACCAUCAGUAGUAACUCUUCACGCUCAAAAACAGAAUACUUAAGAAUAACUGCACUGAACAGGAUGUAUUCACUUUGCAGGAGUUACCCUGGGCUUCUGGUAGUACCUCAGUCCAUUCAGGACAGCAGUCUGCAGAGAGUUGCUCGCUGUUACCGGCACAGUCGCUUACCAGUUGUCUGUUGGAAGAACACUAAGAACAGUACUCUUCUACUUAGAUCUGGGGGCUUUCAUGGAAAAGGUGUUGUUGGCCUCUUCAAAUCCCAAAACACAAAUACUACAGCUCCUGCUUCUUUAGAAUCUUCAAGCAGUAUAGAACAGGAAAAAUACCUACAAGCCUUACUGAAUGUAAUAUCCGUCCACUGCAAAAUGAAUGGCAGUAAUACUCUCACAGUUAGACCAACAAUUGCUCUGUCUCCAGGCACUGAAAGAAGGGCUUCAAGAAUGUCUACUGUGUUUAAGCAGGUAGUGCCAGGACAUUUGGAUGUAAAUCUAUCCAAUAGCUUUGCUCGAGGAGGUGUAUGGGCGAGUCUUCGUUCAAGCAACCGAUUUAUCAACACUCAGACUCCAUUCAUUGAUGUUGGUGCAAGACUUGCAGGGAAAGAUAACACCACUUCCUACAGUAGCAGCACUUUUCUGCAGAGCCAGCUUUUGAGACGGCAAGCAGCCCUCUAUAUAUUUGGAGAAAAAUCUCAGUUACGGGGAUUCAAACUUGACUUUACUUUGAACUGUGAAUUUGUUCCUGUUGAGUUCAGUGACAUCCGGCAGACAAAGGCAAGCUUUAAAAAGCUGAUGAGAGCUUGUGUUCCCAGCACUAUUCCUACAGAUUCUGAGGCAACAUUCCUUAAAGCACUUGGGGAGUCAGAGUGGUUCCCACAGCUUCACAGGAUAAUGCAAUUGGGUGUGAUCAUCUCUGAGCUCCUGGAAAAUGGUUCUUCUGUUAUGGUUUGCUUGGAGGAUGGCUGGGAUAUUACUGCACAAGUAGUAUCUCUAGUGCAGUUACUCAGUGAUCCCUUCUAUAGGACACUUGAAGGUUUCCGAAUGCUGGUGGAAAAAGAAUGGCUCUCUUUCGGUCAUAAAUUCAGUCAGCGCAGUAAUCUGACUCUCAAUUGUCAGGGCAGUGGAUUUGCUCCUGUUUUCUUGCAGUUCCUAGACUGUGUGCAUCAGGUAAGUCAAUCUCUAUCUAAUUUUAGUUUACAAGAAUUCAUAAAUAAGUGCAUAGCUGCCAAUAUUUCAGAUGUUAAAGGAUAUUCAUUUGAGAGAAAACUU